UCUCUGUUUCUGAUAGCUAUUAGCACGUCUCAAGUGAUUUUGAUCGGGAAAAAACUGUAAUACAUGUGAAGCAAAAUCAUAUCACAUCUGGAUUAUAUGCAACAAUAUCAUAUGGGCUGAUAAGGUUGAUUACGCUAUAAAUGGUAAAUGAGUAGAUAAGUUGCACUUCAGUUAUAUUCGGAAGUUUUUCGAGUGUUGUUACCCUUCAGUCAGUUCCCCAAAAUGCCUGGUGAGAUGUCUUGCAAAAAAGAUCCCACCAGAUGGUUAGAUAACGCCUUUUUCGAGAAAGCCCUCCGCCAUGGACUGAACGAUAAGGACCUCACGGUGGGAGAUUUGCUUAUUUCGGUCCAUGCGAAUGCUGGCGAGCACUACACCAGUACCAUCUACCGGGCUAAUGUUCGCUACCGAUCAAAGGGAAAGACAGAGCCAAUCGCACUUAUCAUCAAAUUAGUAUCAUCUAAGGUGAACAAGCUAACCGAUGAGUCAUCUUUUGAAAAUGAAUUACAUCACUAUAAGAAUGUAAUCAAACCGAUGCAAGAUCUACUGAAGCAGGCAGGAGUAGAACACUUUGAACUGGGUCCAAAGCUGAUGUAUGCUUCGACUGAACCACAACCGGUCAUUGUUCUAGAAGAUGUCACACCUAGAAAAUUUGAGGUUUACAAACACCUGCUGAACCUUGAUAACUCCAAGACUGUUGCAGCCAAAUUAGCAAAGUUCCACGCGGCAUCCUAUUGCCUUAUCAAAGACGUUACCAACAAAAACUUGAAUAAUCAAUCUGGUGGAUUGUUUAGGGAUAAACCCAGCGAAGGAGUCAAUUUUCUAGAGGAAAAUUUUGAAAUUUUCACUGAAGAGAUAUCCAAAUGGAAUGGCUUCGAGAAAUAUUCCGAGAAACUGAAUAACCUCCUACCAAACUUUACCAAGCGAGCCGUAGAAAUUUACAGUCAAUACGGUAGAACUACUAACCACAAGGUAUUGAACCACGGGGAUUUCCAUUAUAACAAUAUUUUGUUCCAAUUUUGUACUGAUACGACAUCUGUUGUAGAUGUUCUUUUUAUCGACUUUCAACUAAGCUUCUGGGGAACUCCGGCGAUUGACUUAUUCUACCUGCUGUAUCUAGUGUGCGAUAAGGAAACCCGCGAAAAUCACAAACAGGAACUUAUUUACUACUAUUAUCAGCAGUUUACGGAAACUUUGCGUAAUAUAGGAAAUAUGAGUACGGCUCCAAGUCUGUUCGAUAUAAACAGUGACUUAUUGAAAUGCGGAUUCCUGGAAGUGAUAAUUGCCAUUUGUUUCGUGCCAUUUCUUCAUGCCGACUACAGUUCGGCUUCGAACGUAUCUGGAAGUGUUCAGGAUGCCAAAGCAUACCGUAGGCAGUUGUACAACGACCCCCGAUACCGUGAAACGAUCGAGCCUCUUCUGCCGUACUUUCUACACAAAGGAUUUCUGGACUGAGAAACUUUUCAUGGCGUAUGUAGUGUUUUAGGAAUACAGUUAUCUACAUUUGGCACAAUAAUGUUAUAUUUACAUUUAUUUGUCAGAGUGAAAAAUCAAAAUAAAUUUUACUUAAC